CCAUGCCGACAGACGGCAGUAGCAACUAUUAUAACCACAAUUAAACUUUGGCAUAGCGCAUCUUCUAACAGCAAUGGCCGCCUCUAGCCUCAAUGUGGUUCGAGUGAGGCUGUAUUUUGAUUAUCCUUCCCCCGCCGUAUCCACCUGUCGUAUGUGUUGGUUGCUGAUUGAUCUCAACAAAUGUAGGGUUGUUGCAGAUCUGGUCAGCGUUAUCAGGGAAAAGUUUGACUACAGCCGCAAGACUUGCUUAGACCUGUUCAUUGAAGACUGCUACCUUCCACCUUCAGAGAGCAUCUACGUCGUUCGGGAUAAUGACAGUAUCAGGGUGAAAGCUGAGAGUCUAUCACAUCUGACCGCUACAGAAUCAGAAACAUCCAAAUUAAGUAAAGCCAAGAAAAGAAGGAGGGAAACCGAAGAACAGGAGGUGAAGGAUGAACAGAAUAGCGCUUCGAAAAAGAGAAAGGAAAGUCAGGGAACUCAGCUGAGUGUGACUGAGAAUGGCAAGAAGAAAAGUAAAAAAAAAAAGAGGAAAGAGGAGCAGGCUGGCGAAAGGCAGACAGAAACGGCCAAACUGACCCCUGCAGCCCCAGGGCCUAAACCUCAGCCAGAAAAAUCCACUAAAAAACAGCAGCCCUCUACUCCUGCUUUUAAUGGCAGACCCGCUGCCAGGAAACCAAAGGAAACGUCCUCUGACUCCAGUGAUAGCAGUGAUGAAGAGCCAUCCAAGAGACCCACUCAGCAUCCUAAACCUCAGGGGAAAGUAAGCAGCGGGGCAGGUCCCGUCAGUAAGUCUGGCUCAAACACAGGAACCAAACGCAAAGACAGCUCGUCAUUGUCUGACUCAGACUCUGGCUCGGUUCUGCAGCCCCCUAAAAAGCCAACUCCUGCCAAAUCCCUUCCCGCUAAGUCCAAACCUAGUCCUGCAAAUGCCGCGGUGAACACAAAGACCAAACCACCACCUAAAAAGCAGGCUCAGAGCUCUUCCUCCGACUCUGAUUCCUCCAGCAGUGCCGAGAGGCCCCCUCCCAAGCGGACCCCUGUCAGGAUACCCCCACCUGCUCCCUCUUCCAACCCCAAAGCUUCAGCUUCUGCUUCUACUGCUGCUGGAGGCGGCUUGAAGAAGCCUCCGGCUAAAAAAGCUGAGACCUCCUCAGACUCUGAUUCCUCCUCUAGUUCAGAGAGGCCUCCUGUCAGGAAACCCUCUGCCACAUGCACCCCAAAACCCCCUUUAUCUGCCCCAGCCGCCUCAGCUGCCUCAAGUAGCCCGGCGGCAAAGCCAGCAGCUGCACUGGCGGCCAAAUCAGACCUGAGGGCCUCAGACUCGGACAGCAGUGAAGAGGAGAUUGAGCUGGUUAUUAGGAAACCGGUGCUAAACGGCAUGGGCCUACAUGUAGCAGGGGUGGUGUGCUCCAGUCCUGUAGUGGGGGCAGGCAGGGGCAGGAUGGACGCCAGAACCCCAGGAAAAGGCACGGGCCGUGGGGAAGGAAGGUUUGCUGCACGGAGGGGGUCUUCCAGCCGGGGUGGAGGAAGAGGGAGCGGACGGGGGAAUGGAACGCCCUGGAGUAAGGGCUUCCGGUACGACAACAGUGACGACGACCGGACAAGGGACAGAAGGUUUAAUGACUCGCUGACCAACACCAGUUUAAUCCUUCAGAAUCCGCCUGAACCGGUUCCACGGGACUAUAACGUGCUCCCACUGUUGGCUGCACCCCCACCUGUCGGGCAGAAGAUUGCCUUUAAGCUUCUGGAGCUGACUGAGAAUUACACUCCUGAGGUGUCAGAUUACAAGGAAGGAAAGAUCACUGGAUUCAAUGUCAUCACCAACAUGGUAGAACUGGAACUACUGUCCAGACCUAAAGUUCCUAUAGAACCGGGUAAGUUUGACCUGGUGUAUGAGAACCCUGAUGGUUCUGAGGUGGUGGAGUAUGCCGUGACCCAAGGAUCCCAGUUGACCGAGCGGUGGGACUCCCUGUUGGAACCACGGCUCAUUGUGGAGAAUGUGGAAUGAGUCUUCAUGAUGCAGUAAAGCUGAAGACACAGCAACACAGCAACUGAAGCACUAAGGGAACACAUCAACCUCUGGUUUUAAUGUUUAGAACUGUCUCUGUUUGACUGUUGCAGAUGUAAAAUAGAACUGACUUCCUGAUAAAGGAUAUGAUUUUAAUAUUUUCUAUGUGUAUGCCAACUGUGAAGACUGAAUAAAUAAAUAUUCUUUGUAAACAA